CCCUGGCUCCUGACUCUGAGUGCUUUGCUGCUGCACCAACCCCGCAGGCCGCAGCCUUGCUAAAGCAGUUAUGCACGGAGAGGAGAGGAGAGGAUGGGUGUCAUAUAAACUCGGUCCCCAAUGGCUGCGCGAGGCCGAGACCAACCUCCUCCCCCGACUCCGCGGAGCACGAAUCCAGGGUUGGUUACGGCAUCCAUCCUAACCCCUAUUCCCCCACUCCUGCUCCUACUCCUACUCCUACUCCGGGGAUGACCGGAGAGAUCAAGAGCCUUGACGGCGACAAGCCGGUGGCGCCGGCCGGCGACGGCGGCGGAGGGGUGCCAGCCGGAGGAGGAGGGGCGGCCGGCCAUGGCAAGAAGGGCGCCAAGAACAAGCUGUCCCUGGUCCCGCUCAUCUUCCUCAUCUUCUUCGAGGUCGCCGGCGGGCCCUACGGCGCCGAGCCGGCGGUGCAGUCGGCGGGGCCCCUCUUCGCGCUGCUCGGCUUCCUCAUCUUCCCCUUCAUCUGGGCCAUCCCGGAGUCGCUCGUCACCGCCGAGCUCUCCACCGCCAUGCCGGGGAACGGCGGCUUCGUCGUCUGGGCCGACCGCGCCUUCGGCCCCGUCUCGGGCUCCCUCAUGGGCACCUGGAAGUACGUCUCGGGGGCCAUCAACGGCGCCGCCUUCCCCGCGCUCUGCGCCGACUACCUCGCCCGCGUCGUCCCCGCCGUCGCCGCCGGCGGCGCCCGGGUCGCCACCAUCGUCACCUUCAACGUCGCGCUCUCCGUCCUCAACUACACCGGCCUCAGCGUCGUCGGCUGGUCCGCCGUCGCGCUGGGGGUCGCCUCCCUCUCGCCGUUCGUGCUCAUGUCCGGCAUCGCGCUGCCCAAGAUCCGGCCGCACAGGUGGGCGGCCACCGCGGGGGAAAAGGACUGGAAGCUCUUCUUCAACACCCUCUUCUGGAACCUCAACUACUGGGACAGUGUCAGCACCAUGGCCGGCGAGGUGGAGAACCCCGGCAAGACGUUCCCGACGGCGCUCAUGUCGUCCGUCGCCAUGACGUCCCUCGGGUACCUGCUGCCGCUCAUGGCCGCCACCGGCGCCGUCGACGCGCCGCCGGAGCAAUGGGGGAACGGCUUCUUCGCCGACGCCGCAGGAACGAUCGCCGGCGACUGGCUCAAGUACUGGAUCGAGGUGGGUGCGGUGCUCUCCUCCAUCGGCCUCUACUCGGCGACGCUAAGCAGUGCGGCAUUCCAGCUUCUUGGAAUGGCGGACCUAGGCCUCCUCCCCCGUGUGUUCGCUUUACGUGCCCCAAUCUUCAACACUCCCUGGGUCAGCAUCGUGGUCACCAGCCUCAUCACCCUCGGCAUGUCCUUCUUCAGCUUCAACAACAUUGUGGCCGCUGCCAACUUCCUCUACAGCCUCGGCAUGCUCCUUGAGUUUGCCACCUUCGUCUGGCUUCGUAUCAAGAGGCCCGAGAUGUCACGCCCCUAUCGUGUGCCGCUUCGGCUCCCGGGCAUUGUUGUCCUCUGCCUCGUCCCCUCAGGGUUCCUUGUCUUUGUCAUGGCCAUCGCUGGCUGGAAGGUAUAUGCCAUCAGCGCUAUAUUUACCGCGGCAGGCCUCGGGGUGUAUUACCUCAUGAAGUUUUGUAAGGCGAGAGGGUUCCUCAAGUUUGGCACCGUCGACGGAGAGGGUUUAAUGUAUGAGCGUCACCAGGAGAGAGGAAAUGUGAAUGUUUGAGGGUUGUGAUUCUCUUGGUUUCACACAAACACUUUUGAUUUGAUUAGUGCAAUCAUGCAUAUAGUAAGUUGCAA